GAAUACCUGAAUUUGCUUUUAAUACUGUUUAUAAUGCCCGGCCUUGUGGCUCUCGCUUUCGAUCAAGUUCGGACCUCGUUUACUAGCCCUUAUGCUACUUACACAACGGACUAUAACCCAGAUGGGUCCCACUAUCACCCCAGGCAUAAUGACGCAAGACACGCAUAUAAUCACGCGUAUGGUCGUUAUGAAGCGUACGCGAUUUUGCCUUACGAUUUUCGCCACGAUCAUAGCCGCAGGGCCUAUAUAGCAAACGGGCACUACCGACCUGAAACAAGCCAUAGAAACAACUAUCAUCGAUACGGCGGCUAUGGCUAUCCUUAUAACAACUACUAUUACGGGUAUACCCCUUACGGCACUGUUGCACGUUAUAUUCCGCCGAUAUUCAACGCUGCGAUAUCAUCACCGCUCACUGCUCGCACAGUUGAAAGCAGCCGAGUUACCACUCAACCUGUGGUAACCAUCCCACGCACAAGUCGGAAGUUUGAGGUUCGUUCUGCUACUCCGACUCCGUAUCACUUCGUCUAUUUGAUCAAUGGUGCUGAUGGUGCCCAGAUUCGACAAGAGUCAGGAGAUGGAGCUAGCCAUAUAAAUGGAGCGUACUCGUUUGUUCUACCUGAUGGGCGCCAGCGACGGGUUGAAUACGUGGCGGAUGAGGAUGGGUUUCGAGCCAAGGUGGAUACGAAUGAACCAGGAACUGAAAGUCAAAAUCCAGCGGCUGUGCUACUCCGUUCAAAUGCCAUUCCAGCAGCAGAGGCCGCUAUCUUGUCCGAUCUAUACAGCUAUCGCUACAAACGACAGUAGCCUCAGUAACACAAAUCGAUUUAUUGUUUUUCAGUCACUGAGCUAUUUUUGCUAAAUCCCGCUCGUAUGAAGUUCUACUUCAUCUGUACUGGUUGCACUUAGGCAUGCGAUAUGCUCCGAACACCUUCAUUCAGUCAGUUAGUUAGUAUACGAUAUAUACUAUACCAUCUAUAUAAAGAGAACACAUACAUACAUUUUCCACUAGGUAAUGCUAGGAUCGUAGUGAACGAGGGCAGUGUGAACAAUUAAUAAUGGGUCGUAUGUUGUUAUAACGCGCCUUUAAAAGUUCUACGCGAAAACAAAAAAAAAAGGCAUCUAAAUGCCGACGAAAUGGAGAAGCGCCGGAAGCGUUUUUGCCUUAUAAUUGGUCAUAUGUUCUACAAGUUUUAAAUUGCAGUCCCUAGCGUAGCAUACAGUACUUUGAUAUAUACUGUUUUGGGCCUUGGGUGAAAAUAUGGAGAGUAAGGGUACAGAAUAAGUCGGUUUUUGUUAAAGGGAGUCAGCAUGCGAAGUACGAAGACAAGGCACAUCCCUAACGUUAUCAGUAUAUAGGGCCUGAACUUUGUACGAGGCAUUAGAUCAAAUAAGCGCUAAAUAAUAAUACUCCGUCGAAAGCGUUUUCAUUUUGCGUUCCCACGAAAAAUUUAGUGUUAAACAUCCCAUUCACUGAUACUGCCGAAACUAUUUUUAUCGUAAGGCCACUUUCCCUAAAAGGUUGUUCUUAAAACACCAAUAGAUUGGCGCUAUAUAGGAAUGUUUAUUGAACCCGAUGGAUAUUGUCAAAUACGUUUAUUAACUAGUGAAUAAACAAAUGAGUUGUGUACGAAAAAAAAUUCUACCUAUAUUUUCCAUCAAGUCAUCACUUGCCCAAUGUAUGUCAGUGGCACAAGUAAAAAAAGUAUGACAUCAUUAGGAGGGUGCUCUUACUUGAAAAUCCCAACUGAUGUACCGUCGAUUUAAUUCGAAAUUUGCCGCCUACCAACAAAUAACGCGGUCAAUGUAAAUGCGUACGCCAGCUAAAAUCUGCUAUCGAAGAUAAAACGGCAUAAACGUCGUACAUCACAGUCAAAUCAAUUCAUACGAGCGAUCUUUACGUCGUUGUCCAUGCCAAAUUUCAACUAUUUAUUUAACAUAACUAUUUAUCGUUAGAAGUCGAGAAAAGCCAAUUUCAAUAACAAUCUAAUAGCCGCUUGACCGUUUAUUCGCAAGCACUACUUGUGAUAGUUAUUUAUCAAGUAUCGGUAGAGUAUCGGCUCCGUCAGACAGAUAUUUGUCGUGCAGAAAAAUAGCCGAGACGCUGUUCUAAUGCUGGUACAUUAAACGCUUGUUACAGUAGCAAUUUCAACGAUUGUGAUUUGGGCCCGAAAUUUGUCGACAUUACAGGUGCUAGGGUUGUUAGAAACUGGGUUUUCUAAUUAAAUGUCCUAAGUAAAUAGACGUAAAACGAUACCGUUCGUGUUCAGUUCCUAUUAGGUUAAUUUGGCCCAGUAUAUAUAUAUAUAUAUAUACAUAAUAUUCAAAACGUAUGAGUGUUUAUGGUAUAAACAUUACACGACUAUUAUUUAAGCUUAUGAUGCCUUACACUGCUUUAGUAGGUAAAUCCCCGUUGUCAACUGGACGAGAGUAUGCUUAUAAAUGUAACUUGAUGAGUUUGCUUCAUCUAAGUUAAAAAGCAUCCAGUAGCCCGAUUUAAGUAUCGUUUUAUUUACUUUAAUUAUUAAUUAUGCUUUGAGUAGUGCUGUUUCUGCACAAUCAGGCCCAAUAGAGGGACACACUGUAAUAAGAAGUUACGCAGUAAACGAGCUAAAUAAAUCAACAACGAUGCUUCAAGAUUUACGUUGCGCCUUCUGCAGGGGAUGCAUACACUGUGCAAUGGUUUGUUUUUGUAACAAACGUAUUGCAUGCAAUUCAGUAAGCCAUUUUCUUUGCUGUUGUCAUUUUUCGACUUGACCGCCUUUCGUAUUGACGAUUUGGCCUUGUUUCAUUAUGCAUUUCUAUAUAAAAUGACUCUAGCUACUCCCAUAAUUGAACACUGUCCAAAAGGGUAAGUGGCAGCCGACAUUUAUCAGUAGAAUAUUUUUUACCUUAUUAUACAUGUAUAUGUAACGUUACGAUAUAAACUUUAAAGCUGUUUAAGAAAUGUUCAAUUUGGACAUACAUACAUACAUGCAUAGAUGCAAACGAUUGUCGCGGACUAGCUUUCUUCUUCAUCAACAAAGCGUAAAGCGUUUUCAUACUGAGGAAUUAUAGUGAAAAACAAAGAAACAAUCGAAGUUUGUGUGUGUCAAAAAGACUCUAGCAGGGCAAGUUGAGGCAUUCCAGAUCUAGGGUCUGUCAGGGAAACACUUAUGUCCUAGAUCAUACAUGUGAAUCUGAUCUCUGGCUGCGUAUUGCUUGGCUGGCAUAGCCUGAUAUACUGUUGGUCGACGAAUCAGUCUAUUUCACCACGUAUAUAUGGAUCAGGUUGGAAAACGUGCGAGUAAAUUCACAAUUCACUUUAUUAUAACUAAGUAAUUUCUGGAAAUAAAUAUGUAUGUUAUCCGUACAAAUAGCAGUGGAUUAUUUUUCAGAAACAUUAGUUGUGAUGUAUCUACAAACGAAGCCGGUUUCCGGUUAAAACUCAUACAGAAAAAUUAAAACGAUUAUUGUAAAAUUUACUUAAGGACUUCAAAUAAAUGUUUCGAGUUUUACGCGCAAAACUGCAACUAACGAUCACUUCAUACGAGCCCUUGACAUCAGGUUCGUUCUCAUGCUUCUUACUGUUGUGACGACGAUAAUUAUGUACCCGUCUGCUCGUGAUGACAAUAAACCCGUUGAG